CUAAACAAAUAGCGCCGUACAAUUACGCGCUAUUUAUUUGUUUUCUACUCGGAACCAUCGACAGUUUGGAAUUUUGUUCUUACACGGAUUGUUUACGGGGGCGGUCAAAAUAAUGUAUGUUUACCUAGUCGUCUUCGCAGUUUUAUUCUAUUUUGUGUUGAUAAAAUGCAUUUUUGACCGCCAUCGGCAUGCUCUGAUAAAGUCGCUAAAACGUACGACGAACGUUUCGUCAGAGACAGAAACUGACGGCGCAGACGUCAGAGCUCUGGUCGUUACUGCGCAUCCGGAUGAUGAAUGUAUGUUCUUCGCCCCGACGAUUAUACGACUAAAUGAAUUAAAUGCCAGCGUCCACCUGCUGUGUUUGUCUGAAGGAAACUACUACAAUCGUGGAGCACAGCGGAGAGAAGAACUUUUCAGCAGCAGCGCCGUGUUGGGGAUACCAGCUUCCAGAGUCACCAUCAUAGACCAUAAAAAGCUUCCAGAUGAUCCCAAAGCAGAAUGGAGCGUCUCAUUAGUCUCCUCUGCAGUACUGAAACACAUAACAGCACACGCCAUCAACAUGGUGGUGACCUUUGAUGGAAGAGGUGUGAGUGGUCAUGCCAAUCACGUAGCCAUCUAUAAAGCUGUCAGACACCUUGCUUCCACUGGUGAAUUGUCUAAAGGGUGUGUGCUGCUCUCCCUGGAGACAGUUGGCCUUCUAAGGAAGUACAUCUCCUUCCUCGACCUUCCCUUCAGCUGGUUUCUACCAUCACAUCUCCACUGUGUUGUUGGUUCAAAGGGCUACAAGCAAGCCAAAGCUGCCAUGCUGCGUCAUCGCACUCAGCUUCUGUGGUUUCGGUACCUCUACAUCACCCUCUCAAGGUACAUGUUCAUUAACACGUUCCAGACGAUUCCGCAAGGACCACAGAACCUGAAGAUCUACUAAAAGUCCCAACGUUUGGUCACGUUCUUAUUACUAAUAUUUCAGGUAAUGCAGGCCUUAGCAGCCUGAAUAUUUUUAGGUGCGGCUGUCAUAAACAAAGCAGAAAAUAGUUUUUAAGUCACGUCAAUUAAUUUGAGUCAUGUUGUGUUUUUAUGAGACAUAAAGAAUGUUGUUGUCAGGACACUAAAUAAAAACACUAUGUGAGAUUA